CCAUGCUCUCGAAUAGAGUUAUUUUUGACAUCAAAUUAACCACUCGAGUGUCAGAUUUUAACCAAAAGUUUAAAUUAACCGCGAAAUGGUUCACAGCCUAAAUAAAUCUUGACGUCAACCAAAGUUGAUUGAUCGUCUGAAUUAUGUUAAAUCAAAGACAUCAUAUUAACAAGAUAUCCAGCUCUCACAUUGUUAAAUGCAGGCGUGUCCUGAUGAAAACAAACCUGUAAGUGAGCUGUCAGAAAGCCUAAUGGAAGUUGUCAAGUUGUACACCAGUUUGUAAAUAUUAAUACAAUCUCGUUGUUUACAAUGAUUCAAAGUCAGAUCAAUCGUGCAACUCAAGUCAAAACUCGCUUUCAACGUGAGUACAAUAUUAAGGUAGUGGACGAUUGGAUUAGCGGUUGCAUUUCGUUCUGUUUACAAGAAAAUCCCAAAACAUCAAACGAAUCUCUUUUCAAAUUUGCUUUCGACCAAUGGGUCUUGGCCGAUUUGAAAGAUAUUGGAACAUCCUCACUACCGGAAAACAUCGAUACCGAAACGAAAACUUUCAUGCUAAAUGGUCGUUUUCCGCUUCAGUUGAACUAUCUAAUUGAUAUAUCGGAGCCUUGCUAUGAUCAGCUCAGGAAUCUAUACAAUAAAACGAUGGAUGAAGCGGACGAUGAGAUUCAAAUGCGGAAGAAUCAAUCUCAACAUGUUAAAAAGAAACGGAUGCUAAAGUUAGAACUAACUGACGGAAAAAGGACAGUUGUGGGAAUGGAACACAGCCCGAUAGCGGCACUGAACACCAAACUGCCGCCCGGAGUGAAAAUUUUACUGAUUGGCCCAAUUCGCUGUAUCAACAAGGUUCUAUUUCUAGAGCCAAAAAAUGUAAAAAUUUUGGGUGGUGAAGUUGAUACAAUGUUGAUAACGCAUGCAUUUGAAAAUGUUUUGCUAAAAGCUUUAGCGCAACCGUUGAAUCCAAAUCCGAAAACGGAGUAUGAGGAAGUGGUUGUCAUUGAAAAGAAUCGAAAUACAAUGUACAGUAAUAUACAAUCUAUACCGAUGGUAUUUCCUUCUCCGGUGAAGCCGCUUGUCGAUCGAACCAAUGAAGACUGGGAGGAUGAUAUAUUUUUGGGUAUCAAUUUGGAUGGAAUUGGAGGAAUAGAUGAACCUAAACCAGACUUAGAGAAGCCUCCAGAACAACUCCCCACCAUCAGCACAAUAAUGGAUGACGACGACGAUUUGGAAAUAAUCGACUUACCAGAGCAAGAAAUAAUGAAUCAACAAGUGUCGUCUACAAAAGUAUCACAACCUGCUCAAAACUCGAACUUCGAUUACCCUGAUGAUGACAUUGAUACAAUGAACCUUCUAGAAGAUGAGAUCCGUAACGAGCAGUGCCUUCGCUUAAGUUACCCGAUCACAAAUGAAGAAAUUGAAAGUUUACCUUCUAACCAUUCAACACCAGUACACCAGGCCAAGCGACCUCGACUAGCUUUGAAUAAUCCUAGAGCGAAUUUAGUUACUGAAUGUCAACAACCUACUACAAGUAAAAAUUUUGAUAAGUGUUCUGUAACAGCUUUCUUCGAAGACAGUCUCGAUGGAGAUGAAUUCAAGCUGGAAGACAAUUGCACAUCAGGCAAAGAAAGCAUUCUUUCUCCGCAGUAUCAAUUCCAGGUCGAUGGUCACUGCUUAGCAACGGUGACACAAUUGAAUAAACUGAGUGAUGCUGAAAGGGAGAAGCGCACAUUCGUAGUGUUCGGAGAAAUAGAAGAAGUAUUCGAGCGUAUCCGUAUAACGGACGAUGGCUGGAAAUUAGGUGUAAUGGUAACGGAUCGAUCAGAACGAUUGCUUCCGGUGCGUUUUCACACGACAGUUAUCAGCAAAAUGGUGGGUCACGAGGCUAGCUCUAUUCAGCAAAUGAAACGUACUCGAAAUCCAGAAGUGAUGAAAAUGCUCGAGGGAAUUCUCAUCAACUUUAAAAACAAGCUUCAAGAAUUACGAACGUUCAUGCGAAUCCAAUAUCACCAGGGAAACGAGUUUCCCUUCAUCAUGGAGUUAUAUGAAUGCACUCAAUCACGACUUAUUAUAUUAAACGAUAAAGUAAAGAAAGAAAAUGCUGAACACCUGCUUGAAAUAAUACCUCAGUACUGUGAUAUCGUUAUGUGAAUAAAACGACAGCUAUUCGCUUGUUGUAAAAAUAUACUAAAAUAAAGAUCUAUACAGUAUUCGUAAUAAA